AUGGAUACUCAAGGAAAGAGAAAGCGGCAGAAAGGAAUCGUGUUGGUGGGACGAGUAAUCACUCAUUCUCCGAUUCAUCGUAAACUCACUCUCUUCAUUUUCUCUUUUGACCCAUUUUCAAUACUUUCAUUCUUUAUCUCACUUAUUUCUCCCAAUCCUCUCUUAUUUUUUUCAUUCUUAUUUCCCUCUCAAUUUCCUCAAUUCUCUCUCUUCGCUCUUCUCUCUCUCUACACUUUUCUCUCUAAUGUCUUCGGUAUGUACCCUAUACUACAACUGGAUUCGAUUCUGUCUCCUUAUCAAAAGUACCUGGCAUCCACAGAAGAUAAAGAAUGCCAAAUACACCAAAACUGCCUUAAAAAUGGUUCCUGCCACGGCCCCGCCGUCUUCAGGAUCGUUGAUGGAGCCCAUCAUGGACUCAUGACCGGUUUUAAACAACAAACCAAGAACAGAUAA